AAGCGAGAAAAAUAAAAAUGGCUUCGAUACAUAAAAGCAGUAAAUCUCGUCAAAAAUAAUUUUCUUUAUAUGUCAAUUUCAAAUCAGUUUUCGUGAAUAAAUCUUCAACAAGUGAUUAAAACAUAUUGCAAAGAUUAGUUUCGAAAUAUUUUCCGAGCGAUAUUAUUGGUUUUUGUUUGUUUUGAAGUAAUCUAAAUAUCGUGUGCUCUAGCCGUCUGUCCUACAAAGAAAGGCACGUAAAGGUACUGUGGCACUGUGAACACCAAUGUGAAAGGAAAUUGGUGAAAAAAUUUUGUCAUAUUUUAGGCAACUGUUGGCUUUUUAUUGCAAAAAUGGGUGCAUUCUGGCGAAAACUUGUGUCGUAAAUUCAGUAAUAAAGUGUUUAAUUGUAAAAGGAAGCAUUUUCAUGUAGAAUUGUAAAAUUUCAUUGUAUUUGGUCGAGCCCAUUGAUUGGGUGGCUGGAGAGGAAAAAGUGGUAGCAUUUUUAGAAGAGACGUAAAUCUUAUUGGGGGAGCAGAUGAAAGUCGCGCCGAAAGGGAACUGCAUGAUAUUACAACAAAAACAUCUGACGUUUUGUGUUGUCUACUACUGACAGCCAAGGUGAAAAUAUAAACAAUUCAAACGUGGUGAAUUUAACUAUGUAUAUCAUGCGCCCCUUGCAUAAAUAAAAGGGGAAAAACAACUCACGCUUCAUUGAAAUUGAAAAGAAAAUAUGUGGAAAUAUAUGGAAAUGUUUUAUAAAAUAAUGGAAUCGAUCAGACACAUUACCAAUAAAACAAUAAAAACAUAUAAAACAAACUCACCAUUGUGAUUUGCCUUCAAAAAAUUCGCAAACCCAAAUUGUGCAAAAUAUAACUUUAUAUAUAUAUACAUAUACAAGAAGUCAAAUGAAAACAAAAGUAAGAAUCAUCGAUUGUAAUAAUCAUAGAAUUAACUAAGCAAUACUUUGUUUCUGACCAUAACCUAAACAUCUGGUAAGCGGUAAUCAUCCACAUCAACGAUCGUAAUGUCACGCUGGGGAAAAAAUAUUGUUGUCCCACUGGACGUGCUCUGCAAGGGCGAGGAGAAUACCAAUCGACCCACUGUGGCACGUUCCGUAGGCACUGUCGGUAAAUGGGGCAAAAUAGGUUUCACGUCAACGCGUACCUACGCAUUAGCCGCAUUAUCCCCAGCAGUUGCAGCAGCUGCUGCCGCCGCGGCCGCUGCAGUAAGUCCAGCACAGAGUCCAGCGUCUUUGCUAGAUGAUGACAUGUCACCUUCGGUGCCGGAGCCGCCAAAGCCUAAGAAGUUUUUCAAAUCACGCAACAGUGCGCCGCCGGAGGUGAUUGCGCAAAUAAUUCAAAAUAUGCCGAGAACACCGGCAUCGCCAGCCCGUGAAAAUUACUCCGCUGGAACAUCGAAUACAGGUUCCCUCAGCACCCCAGUGCGUGAGCCUAUCAAAUUGAAAAUACCCAAAGCACAUUCAAGUGAACGCAAGAAAAAAUCACCGAAGAAAUCCAGUGCUAAACAAACGGCAGCGCUAAGUGAUGGCAAUGUUAAUGAAGCUGCAACCUCCACAAAACCGGUUAGCGAAACAAAACAAAAAAAGAAGAAAGAGGAGAAAAAAUUAAAACCUGAGGCACCACCAUCUCGUAUAAUUUCCCGUGCACGUAAAGUUGUAAACUAUUGUGAAGAUGACGAGGAUGAACGCAUACCAACUCCUCUUAAAGACAUUAUAUUUCCUAAAAUUAAACCAGCUGUGGCAGAAGAAUCUUCCGUGUCGAUCCCAGAUGAAGGUAAAAAAGAACUUGCGGUGGUGGAGCCGGAUCUGCCGCCACCUGCUACACCCGCGCCUACGUCCGCUGCUAUUAGUUCAAUAUCAAUUGGCAGUGCUACAGCCACCACAGCAGCGGUCGCACCCAUCUUGGCGCCGAAAACGCCUGAGCACCCUCCAAUCGUGCUGAGAAUUUCAAAGGGUACUUCUCGUUUGGUGAGUACAGAUAGUGAAGAGCAACCCGCAAGCAACAACGUCGCCUCUCCGCGUCAACAGCUCGAUACCGAAUUAUCAAAAUCUCGACACGCAUCUACUGAAGAAGUUCCUCCCAUUCAUCUGCCAACGGCAUACAAUACACCAAAGAUUAUUGUAAAGCCGCUCCGGCCGCCAUCACCAGAUCCUGUACUACCACCACCACCACUUCCUGCCCCUCAUACGGCAAGCGUGUCGCUGGCGCCUCAGCAUCAUAACGCUGAAGACCCACCAGAGAUAAACUACUCAACUGUGAAGAUUUCGCCGGAUAAACCGCCAAAAGAACGUUUAAAGUUGAUAAUAAAAACCGACGUGAUACGAAACGCCAUUAAAGCAGCAGAAGCGGCAAAAGCUGCAGCAGCAGCACAGAAAGCAGCUGCCGCCGCAGAGUCAGGUAGUAUUCCCGGCAGUGAGCGCGAAAAGAAAUCGAAAAGUAAAAAACAUAAGCACUUAAAACACGCCGCUUUAGAACAGCUUUCAAAUUCUCUACAAGCAAAUAUUGCUACAACUGGUAGUGAAUUCAAGACACCCUCGCCGCAUUUGGCGUUUAAUGCACACUUAGAGCCACAGCAGCAAUCAGCACUAUUCGGCCGCACUGUUAUUUCACCGCCAGCACUCUCGGAGCGCGACUUUGAUUCGCAAUCCUCGGUUUUAGGUAGCAUUUCCUCGAAAGGUAACAGUACCCCACAACUUCUGGCACAGAUAGCGCAGGAAGAAAGCUGUGUUAUACAUAGUCGUGGAUCUAGCGUUAUAACUAGCGAUCUUGAGACAAGUCAGCAUUCCUCUUUAGUGGCGCCGCCCUCAGAUAUCGAGUCUCGAUUGGAAUCUAUGAUGAUGGACGGUGAAGUUAGUCAACGUGCAACGAAUUUGGUGGAGGAGCCGCUACAAGAAGAUAUUCUGGCCGUGUUACGGGGAGAUGAAAGCCUUCAAUCUACCGUUCCCCCGAAUAAAGAAACCAAUGAGCAGAAAGUUAACGGUGAAAUGGAACAAGAGCAAAUGGAUGUUUCGGAUAAGAACACGGAAAACCAAAGAGAAGAAGUCAACGAAACGGAACAAGAAACUACGGAAAAUCGUCGUGUGACACGAGGUCGUGGCCGUGGAGCUAAAGCGAACAAUGUACAGGAGGAAAAUAUAACCCCAUCUCCACAAAAAAUUCAGCCAGUUACAACAGCUAGAACUCGAGGCCGAAAACCUGUCAUACCUUCGGUUACUGCUGCCAUUGCGGAAGAAUCUAACACAUCAACCAACAAGCGUGCUACCAGGGGGCGGCCGAAGAAGGUACUGCCAACAACCGAAGUCUCCACUCCACCAUCUACAGAACCCAAUGAGUCGCCUGUAAAGGGCUUAAAAGAAUUGGCGAAAGUACCUAUAACAGAGGUUGCAACAAACCAAACAUCCGAUAGUAUUGAGACGCCUGCAAUUGCUGCAGCUCCCGUAACACGCCGAGGUCGUCCGCCCCGUAACAUUAGCAUCAACAAUAAUGUGAGCAGUACCAUUAACAAUAUAAAUAAAAUUGCCGCCAAUUUGUCAGCAAAAGCGGGUGCCGCCGAGGAGGCAGCAGCCGCUGCUACCAGAAGUGGCGCAGCGAGCACAUCACCGCUUACUGCUAGUACGCCACCUGCCGCACGUAGCUAUGGCAGGAAACGUAAAAAUCAACAAGUAACACAAGUGCUACAACCAUCUGCAAAAGAAUUGGAGGAACAGCAAACUGGUCCGCCAAUUAAGUUGGCAAAUAUAGAUUACACAGAUACGGCUGCAGAUAGUGAUUUGAACGUUUGUGUUUCUCCACAACUUACCGCACAACUUCAGAACACAACAUUGACCCCAACAUUGGAUUUGCNUGACACCAACUCAAAUUCCAACUCACUCACCCGCCCUGCUAGCGCAACACCAUCAUCGCCUCCGCGACGUGACUAUAAGGUCAAAGACAAAUUCAAGCGCACACUAACACUAGACAAUCAAGCAAAUUGCAAUGCAGUCGUAGAGUCGCCCACGGCUGGACUCUUAGCCGAACAUGUCGUCUACGGUGUCAGCAAUGAUGCGGGAUCAGGUCCAAAUGGUGAUGAAGAACCACAUCGAGGCUCGGUAAAACUGGUGAUAUCAAAGAAAAAGGGUAGCAUUUUCAAAAGCCGAGCACUUGUCCCACAAGAUCAGACAGAUCAAUCAGCAGCCUCUAAACGACAUCUAUACAAACACAGUUGGGACGCUGAAGCGAACGGCAACACUGUGGAUAACACGAACACCUUGCAACUACAGAAGAACGAGUCAGUUGUACAGCCAGCAGUUACUCGCACUGCUGCAGAUGCUAUUUUCGAUGACUUCAGCGAGGGUCUAAGUCCCGGCGGUAUCUCAAGCGAAAAUAGUCCAGCGCUUGGCAAGUUGACGCGGGUGACAAAGGGAAAUAACGCACAAAUACGCGCUAACAGCCCCUAUGAAAUGGAUAUUGAUGCGCCGGGCGACUCAGUAACCAGCGUGAAAGUGGACCGUAAAGCAAAAGGCUUUUAUACGGUGGUGCGCAAUGUGAAAACGGCGCAUCAAAUACAGGAAAUCGGUGAAUAUCAGGAAAUGGACGAUGACGUUGAGUACAUUUUGGAUGCACUGCAACCGCACAAUCCAACACCAACACGCUGCUUGUCAGCACUACAACUGGCCUCGAAAUGUAUGAUACCCACUUUCCGAAUGCAUGUACGCGCGCAUGGUGUUGUUGCAAAGUUUUUCAAGGCGCUUUCUGACGCAAAUUUAGAUCAGAGUCUAGGUCUAUGUACAUCAGCCAUUAUGUUUAUACUAUCACAAGAGGGUCUAAAUAUGGAUUUGGAUCGGGAUUCGCUGGAAUUAAUGAUGAAUCUGCUCGAAUCGGAGAUUGUUGCUGCACCCUCAGAUCGCGCCAAUUAUGAACGAAAUCGUCAAAAAGUGCGCGAACUGUGUGAGGAAAUCAAAUCUCAAGGCAAAGCUUCCCAUCUUAAUGUGGACACGCUUACAGUUGGUACAUUGGCAAUGGAAACUUUGCUGUCAUUGACGUCCAAACGUGCUGGUGAUUGGUUCAAGGAAGAGCUGCGCUCCCUUGGUGGGCUAGAGCACAUUAUCAAAACUAUUUCGGAUAAUUGUCGGCCAGUAAUCGAGUGUAGCAAUGGUGCCACACACAUUCAUUGGACUCAGUCGCUACUCGACAACAUGCAAACUGUCGAGCGAUGCAUGCGUGUGCUUGAGAAUGUGACCCAACUAAAUGAGGAGAACCAACGGUAUGUGUUGACCUAUAGUCAAGGUGCUGCGGUUCAUACCUUGUGCUCCCUUUUUACACUUUGCGACCGUGAGAUAAUGCGACAUGUUUCGGAUUCGUCGGAGCAAACUGCUAAAGAUAGUCCCGGUGUUGUAAUGCGAGAGCUAUUGUUUCCACUUCUCAAAGUGCUUAUCAAUUUAACGCACACAUUCAAUCCGGCGAAGGCGUUGGGUGCUGAAACGCUUGGCCAACGCAAAUCUGUAAUUGAAACUAGCUUCCGCUUGCUGCUGCAGGCACCCAACUACAUUCCUGAACGUUGUGUCUUUGAGCUGAGUAUUCUGGUGCUGCUGUUGCUUAUCAACCUCACGAUGUAUACGAUACCUAAUCGAGUGGCGAUAAUGAAAGUGAAUGCACCGCCCGAAUACAGUAGCCACCAACACAACAAGGUGACUGCUGUGCAAGCUGUGAUGGAAUAUUUCUACAAGUGCGAGGAAUUAGCCAGAUUGGUCGAAAAGAAUACAGAUGCCAUUUUGGAUAGUACCGAUAAAAACAAAAAGAAACAGGAGGAAGUAGAUGAAACUGUAAAUAACUUGUUGAAGAACUCUGGCCACCAUAUGGAACACACCAUCAAGGGUAGUUAUGCAGCCCUACUAAUUGGUCAUUUAAUCACUGACAAUGAGGAAUAUGAAGCACUAGUGCGUAGAAAUUUACGCGGCAAUGGAUUCAAAGAAAUCGUUAGUGUACUGGAGAAAUAUUACACUUUUAUGGAUUUGACUUGUUCGGAUGCUUCCGCAGUAGCGCACAUUAAAUCGACAAAGAAGUUAAUCGAUUAUUUCAAGAAGCGAGAUUUAGUGCACGAAAUGAAUCAGUCUGAUGAUUGUGCGCUUCCGCUAAAUUUAGAAACGCAUCACGCUUCAACGUCUGCCGCCAAUGCGAAUGCUAAUAUCGGCCUUAUGGGCAAUGGCGACAGCCCCACGAUGACAACAACGCGCAGCGGCACACAACGCGUCUACAAAAGCUACAGUCUAAGAUAAUCACUAGACGAAUUUGAUUUACACGGCAGUAAUAAUUACAGUUGCAGCUUGCUGUAUAUUACUUUUCAUUUAAAAAUGAUAAUUGUAAGCAAUAUUGCUAAAUAUUUUAAAACUAUAUUCCCAUGAAUUGAUUGCAAUUGAAUUAUUUGUAUCUUAAAGGUAUAAAGUUUGUUCUUUUAUACCACAAGUCUAAUUUUUAAGGGUUUUACUGCGCAAUCUUUUAUCAUAUUUAACUUAAUUUUUUAAAUACGCCUGAUUUGGUCUAUAUAUUAAAAAAAAAAAACGUAAAAAUUGUAUGUAUGUAUGUAAGUAGUCAUAAGAUAAACUAAAAGUCAAUCGGUCCUCUUCACAUUAAUGUCGAAAUUCUAAUGAUUUGCUUAGAGUAGGUAUUACCUUAUACUCAUUUAUGUGCAAAAUAAGCGUUUGCUUUAUAUGUUGCUUAUAAGAAAGAGACGAACAAAAAGUUAUAGAUAACACUGAUUGGAUACAUACAUAUAUCUGUGUCUACCUAUCCAAAAUAUAAAGUAAAUAUUUGUAAUUGUAAUUCUAAGCAAUAUUGUAUUUCACUGUAAAUAACUUAGAAAUUGGAUAUUUCCGAUUUAAUUUUAUUUUUUUUUAUGCUGUAACGCACUUAAUGUGUGUUAGGUAUGAAUACAAAUAGACGAUAGCGUUUGUUUUGUUGAAACAUUCGUUUUUUUUUGUGGUUUAAAUUAUGCUGCGCAACUGAAGCAUAUAUAUGUAAUGUUGUAUGUGUGUGCAAAAAUCGAGCGAAGUUUUUCAUGUCAUGCAAAACAAAAAAGGAAAGAAAAUAGAAAAAAAAACGCAAAAUGAACUAAAGUGGGUAAAAUGAAUGAGGUCUGCGAUAGGCGUAACAAUUUAGGCUACAAAAUGUUAACGGAAAUUUAAUAUGUUUUUAAUUUACCAAGUAUAAUAUAAAAAUAUAAAAAAA